UUAAUGUUAAAGGCCGGGCCAUUGUCAGCGAUUUUGCAUUCAAAACCAAAUGGUGAUUUUUCGCUAAAAUAAGAAGAUCGGCAGAAAAGUGAUCGCCUGACUUUUAAAAGGACAGGUAUUUCGUAUAAUCUGCUCCUUCCUCAGGGAGGAAAAAUGUAUAAGUGGCUUCAUUGGAAGGAAUUAUCGAACCGAACUGUCGCGCUGAAACAAUUGGGAUGCUUUUUGCUGGAAAUGAGAUAUUAUAAACGACACUGGCUGUCACAAUGGUCGCUGUUGUUCUGUGUAUUUUCGGCCUGGGAUCCAAUUUAUUGCCAGGUUCGCUAUUCAAUUCCUGAGGAGCUGCAUCUAGGCUCCUUUGUUGGGAAUAUCGCAGACGAUUUGGGUUUAACCGUGAAGGAGCUCGCAACUCGCAGCUUUCGAAUUAUGCCUGCUCCGACAAAACAAUACUUCCACAUAAAUUUGAACAACGGUAAUUUAUCUGUUAAGAAACAGAUCGACAGAGAGGCGCUGUGUGGACCGAGUACAAAGUGUGUGCUAUCUUUAGAAACAGUGAUGGAAAACCCUUUCAGCCUCUACCAUGUUGAAGUCGCGAUUCUGGAUGUGAAUGAUAAUGCUCCGAUGUUUCCAAAAAGUCAGUUGCGCCUGGAAAUCUCAGAAAUGACCGCACCAGGGACGCGCUAUCCACUUGAGUGCGCUCACGACCCAGAUGUAGGGACCAACUCCCUACAAUCUUACCAGCUAAGAUCAAGCGAAUAUUUCGCUUUACAUGUUGAAAGCCGAAUAGGAAAUGAAGAUAUGCCGGUUUUAGUUCUGAAAAGGCCACUGGAUAGAGAAAAGAUAUCAAGUCACAGGUUAAUGCUGAUAGCCAAAGACGGCGGGGUCCCCGUGCGAUCCGGAACUGCAGAUAUAUUCAUCGUUGCACAAGAUGUGAACGAUAACGCGCCUAUGUUCUCCCAGUCAAUUUAUAGGGCCAGUCUCUUGGAAAAUGCAUCCAAAGGGACAUUGGUGAUCAAGCUAAAUGCCACUGACGUGGACGAUGGUCCUAAUGGAGAGAUAGUGUAUUCAUUCAGUCGCCAUUCCUCUGCUGGAAUCCGGAAUUUUACUGUGGAUUUCAAAACUGGUGAAAUCAGAGUCAGGGGGAAUUUAAAUUAUGAAGAAAACAGUGCUUUUGAUACCAAUGUCCAAGCAAUGGAUAAGGGACGGUUCUCAAUUCCUGCUUAUUGCCAUGUGCUGAUUCAGAUUGUGGAUAUAAAUGAUAAUGCCCCGGAUAUGACUAUUGCUACGUUGUUCAGUCCAGUUCCUGAGGACUCGCUGCCCGGGACAGUUGUAGCUCUAAGCAGUGCGACAGAUAAAGAUUCAGGAGAAAAUGGACGGAUAGAAUGUCAAAUCACAGAAAAUCUUCCAUUUCAACUGGAUCAUUCCUCCAAGAAAUACUUAACUUUGCGUACACAGCCGUUAUUUGAUCGUGAAAAUGUAUCCAGGUAUGAAGUCACUGUUCUCUGCAGCAAUUCAGGGUCUCCGCCUCUCACAUCUAAGAAAAUCGUCCUGGUGGAGGUUUCGGAUAUAAAUGACAACGCACCGCGCUUUACGCAACCUUUCUAUACAGCUUAUUUGAUGGAGAAUAAUGUUAUUGGAGAGUCUAUAUUUUCAGUCUCAGCUUUCGAUCCAGAUUUAAACCAGAACUCUCGACUAAAUUAUUCCAUCCAACCGACACAAGUACACGAUGAGUCAGUAUUUAAUUACGUCAACAUCCAAUCAGAGAAAGGAACCAUAUUUUCUCAAAGAUCUUUUGACUACGAAGGACUCAAAAAAUUUCAGAUACAAGUUCAGGUUAUGGACCAUGGAGUCCCACCACUAUCCAGUAAUGUCUCUGUGGACGUGGUUAUCCUUGAUCAGAAUGAUAAUGCUCCUGUGAUCGUAUAUCCAUUGCCCGAGUAUGGAUCUACAGUAACAGAGACUGUAUCUAGAUUUGCAGAACCGGGCUAUCUAGUUGCCAAGGUGUCGGCCACUGAUGGCGACUCUGGUCAAAAUGCACACCUGUCUUAUCGGAUUCUGCAGAGUACAGACCCGGGGCUUUUUGCCAUUUCAUCUGAUACAGGAGAAAUCUAGACUAUCCGAGGCAUUAUGAGCAAAGAUAGUUCAAAACAAAGGUUGAUAAUCGCUGCAAAAGACAACGGCUCACCGCCGCUUUCAGCUACAGUGACAAUCAUAUUAUCGCUGACAGACGGUGAUACGGAAAUGCUUUCGGACGUGAACAGUUUGUCCGAAGAUCCUGGUUCCUGUACUGACUUCAGCCUUUACUUAGUAAUAUUGUUAGGGAUAACGUCAUUUAUUUUUCUAGUUGUUUUAAUGAUACUCAUCGUCAAGGUACACAGAAACAAAGUCCAGUUUUCUGCACCGAAUCAUUACCCGGGCACUUGUUGUUGUUUCGCAGCACGAAAUUCGCUGAAUGGAAUUCAGAAAGCCAGCCGGAACCUUGAAAUAGUUCCCAACUAUGUGGAAGUAUUUGGAGGCGAUCCGCUUUCACAAAGGUUCCGGUAUGAGACGUAUUCAACUUCAGGUACGGCCAAGAGACAAGCAAUGUAUCCUCACAUGUACAGUUCAUCUUUAGGCAAGAUUACUCUCACGGAUGGGAAUGAAGAACUUCUCCAGAAUUCAAACUGCAAGAACACUGUAACCAGUGAGGUGAGGAGCUUGCAACAGAUGCUUUUGAGAUUGAUUCAUAAUUGCAGACAUCCCCUGAAGUACUGCAGCACAAGGUUCUAUCUAUGUCUAGUUGAUGUCAAUACGAGUAAAAGUUGCAUAUCUAAAGGCCUGAUGUUAUUUUUGUCCCCUUUAUUUACGGCUAACAAGCCAUAUUUCGAGUUAUGCAUUGAGAACUUCAAGUAUAGCAUAGCCAUGGGAAGUUGUAGAGGACCGUAG